UUAGUGAUACUCAUAACAUAGUAUUUGUCCAUUGCUCGAUAAAUUUUUGUCCAAAUUUAAUUUCAUUGUCUCAUUGUCAUAAUCACUAUAAAAUUUCAAAUUUCCUACUUUUUUUAAGCAUUCCAACCUCUAAAAUCACUCAGAAUUCUCUUGUUGAAUGCUUUCCUCAAAAUUAAACCUGGGUAUCAUGAAAAUUCCCAAUUCUUACCUUCCUCUAAAACACCCAGAUUUUAGUUUCCUCCAAAACCCUACUUUUUUACAAGAAUUAUCAGUUUUUACACACUUACUCUUUUUAUUUGGUCUCAUCAUUUCAUGGGUAUGCAAAGUAAGGAGAGUUGAUAGCAAUAAUCACCCAAAAGAAAGAAACUUUUGGUAUUAUAAUUCUGUUCUGCUCUCUUCUUUUUCCCUUUCUUUGUAUACUUUUGUAAUAUUUUGCUUGAAUUAUUUCUAUUGGUAUAAAAAUGAUUGGUCAUAUGAAAAUAUAAUCACCCUUUUGGAUUUAGCACUCAAAGUACUUGUUUGGGUGUUGGUGUUUCUUUACUUGUACACACAGUUUAACCCCUUUAGUAAUGUGAAAUUCCCAAUUCUAUUGAGGGUUUGGUGGGGGUUUUACCUUGUUGUUUCCUUUUAUAUACUUGUGAUUGACAUAAUCCAAUGUAGUAAAAAGCAUUGCUUGUCAAUUCAUGCUUUAGUAUCAGAUUUUGUGUAUGUAAUAUCAGGAAUUUUCUUUUGUUGUGUUGGGUUUUUUGGGAAAUUUAUUAGAGAUGAUGCUAAUUUGCAAGAACCCUUAUUGAAUAACAAUGGUAGUGUUGAUUCAAGUAAAAUUGGAGAUUGCCCUUACUCUAAUGCUAGCUUGUUUAGUAUACUUACUUUCUCUUGGGUGGGGAAUUUGAUCUCCAAAGGUUAUAAGAAUCCUUUAGAUCUUGAGGAUAUUCCUCAGCUUUCAGGUAAGGAUGACAUUAAGCAAUCGAAUGUAAUAUUUCGAAAAUUUUUGGAUUCGGCUAAAGAGGGUGGUAGAAAUAAGAAGGUGACAACAUUGCAGCUUACAAAAUCCUUGAUCUUUACAAUAUGGGAGGAUAUCCUUUCAUCAGGUUUCCUUUGUCUUGUUUAUACAUUUGCAUCUUAUGCUGGUCCAUACCUUAUUGAUAGUUUUGUCCAAUACCUUAAUGGAAGAAGGGGAUUUAAGAAUGAAGGAAUUCUUUUAGUUUCUGCUUUUUUCAGUGCAAAGCUUGUGGAGAGCUUUGCACAAAGGCAUUACUUCUUUAGGCUUCGAGCAGCUGGGGUAAGAACACGGGCUGUUUUAAUGGAGAGUAUUUAUGAUAAGUCAUUGACGCUUUCUUGUCAAUCGAAGAAAGGGAAAUCUAGUGGUGAGAUGAUUAAUAUUAUGUCGGUUGAUGCAGAACGAAUUGGUAGUUUUAGUUGGUAUAUUCAUGAUCCAUGGGUGGUAAUUGUGCAAGUUACAUUAGCUUUGAUACUGUUGUAUAAAAGCCUUGGACUUGCAUCGAUUGCUGCACUUGUGUCGACUAUGGUAGUCAUGCUCGCCAAUUAUCCUUUGUCGACUAUGAUUAAGAAUUAUCAACAGAAGCUAAUGAAAUCUAGGGAUAGAAGAAUGAAGUCAACUUCGGAAAUUUUGAAAAACAUGAGGAUUUUAAAGCUUCAAGCUUGGGAGAUGAAGUUCUUGUCCAAGAUUGUCGAGCUAAGAAAUGACGAGAAUGGAUGGUUGAAAAGGUUUCUCUACACAAUCGCUGUAACGACAUUCCUUUUCUGGGGUGCACCUAUGUUUAUAUCUGUUGUUACUUUCGGGACUUGUAUGAUUUUGGGUAUUCCUCUUGAAUCAGGGAAAAUUUUGACAGCACUUGCAACUUUUAGGAUUCUUCAAGUACCCAUUAACAAUCUUCCUGAUACAAUAUCAAAUACGAUUCAGAUUAAAGUUUCUCUUGAUAGAGUUGCCUCAUUUCUUAGCCUUCAUGAAUUGGAGCAUGAUUCUAUAGAGACACUUCCUAACACUUCUGAUGUUGCUAUUGAGAUAAACAAAGGGGAUUUUAGCUGGGAUUCAUCAUCCUCGAGCCUUACAUUGAAGGACGUCAAUCUUAGAGUUCAACAUGGUAUGCGCGUAGCAGUUUGUGGCACAGUUGGUUCUGGCAAGUCAAGCUUACUAUCUUGCAUUUUAGGUGAAGUACCAAAAAUCUCAGGAAGUUUAAGAUUGAACGGAUCCAAGGCUUAUGUCCCACAAUCACCUUGGAUUCAGAGUGCCACGAUUGUAGACAAUAUUUUGUUUGGGAAAGAAAUGGAUCAUGAAAGGUAUGACAGAGUCCUAGAAGCAUGUUCCUUGAAGAAGGAUCUCGAAAUCUUGUCUUUCGGAGACCAAACACUUAUUGGUGAGAGGGGUAUCAAUUUAAGUGGAGGUCAAAAGCAAAGGAUACAAAUUGCCCGCGCUUUGUACCAUGAUGCUGAUAUUUAUUUGUUUGAUGAUCCGUUUAGUGCUGUCGAUGCUCACACCGGUAGUCAUCUCUUUAAGGAAUGUUUGCUUGGCCUUUUAGAUACCAAAACUGUGAUAUAUGUCACACACCAAGUGGAGUUCUUACCUGCUGCUGAUCUGAUCUUGGUCCUAAAAAAUGGGAGAAUUAUCCAAGCAGGAAAAUACAAUGAUAUCCUUGCUUCAGGAACAGAUUUCAUGGAACUGGUGGGAGCACACGAAAAAUCGUUGUCUACAAUUGAUUCAAUUGAGCAUAAAGUAUUAAGUACAAUGGUCGAUAAGGAACAUAACGCUAAAAACAACAUAAAACUCGAAAGCAGUGUUUCUCGGGAUACAAAAACUAAUAAUACAUUAGUGCCUAAAGAACAACUUGUGCAAGAAGAAGAGAGGGAGAAAGGUCGAGUUGGUUUUUCGGUUUAUUGGAAUUUCCUCACAAAAGCAUAUGGAGGGGCUUUAAUCCCAUUAAUAUUGAUUUCUCAAAUUGUCUUUCAAUCUCUUCAGAUCUCAAGUAAUUAUUGGCUAGCAUGGGCAACUCCAGUCUCUUCUGAUGAAAAGCCUUUGGUCGAUCAGAAAACUUUGAUGCUUGUUUAUGUCGCUUUGGCCAUUGGAAGUUCCAUUUGUAUCCUAGCAAGGGAAAGUCUGGUUACAACUGUUGCAUAUAAGACAGCAACUUCAUUUUUCAGUGAUAUGCACACAAGCAUUUUUCGCGCUCCUAUGUCAUUUUUCGAUGCUACCCCAAGUGGACGAAUCUUAAACCGGGCUUCUACUGAUCAACGUGCAAUAGAUAUAGCCAUUCCACAACAAAUUGGGAAUUUCGCGUUCUUAUUGAUACGACUCCUGGGUAUCUUUGUGGUUAUUUCACUAGUUGCUUGGCAGGUUAUCUUAAUCUUCAUCCCAGUAUUUGUAAUCUCUCUUUGGUACCAGAAAUUUUAUCUACCCUCAGGUCGAGAACUUAGUCGAUUGGUUGGAGUGACUAAAGCACCAGUUAUACAACAUUUUUCGGAGACUAUGUCCGGAGCAACAACUAUUAGGAGCUUCAAUCAACAAUCAAGAUUUGUCGAAACAAAUAUGAAUCUUGUAAACAAAUAUUCAAGGCCAAAGUUUUAUUUUGCUGCUGGAAUACUAUGGCUUUGUAUGCGCUUGGACCUGUUGUGUUCUAUUACAUUUGCCGCGUCUUUGGUCUGUUUGAUCUCGAUUCCUGUGGGACUAAUUGAUCCUGGAAUUGCUGGUUUGGCUGUUACAUAUGGGCUUAAUUUGAACAAGUUACUAAGUAAUGUAAUAUUCAAUAUGGGUAACAUGGAGAAUCAAAUCAUCUCAGUUGAGAGGAUCCAACAGUACACUUCUAUACCGAGCGAACCUCUGCUUGUUAUAGAAGAAAAUCGGCCAGACUCUUCUUGGCCAUCUCAUGGAGAAGUUCGUGUUCAAGAUCUCAAGGUUCGUUAUGCUCCCCACUUACCCAUUGUGUUGCAUGGUAUAUCAUGCACUUUCCAAGGAGGGAAGAAGACUGGCAUUGUAGGGAGGACAGGAAGUGGUAAAUCAACUCUUAUUCAAGCACUUUUCCGAAUUGUUGAACCUGAAUCUGGGAAGAUAGUCUUAGAUGGUAUCGAAAUUUCCUCGAUUGGACUACAUGAUUUACGAUCUAGAUUAAGUAUAAUCCCUCAAGAUCCCACCAUGUUCGAAGGAUCCAUUCGAACCAACUUGGAUCCCCUUGAAGAGUAUACUGAUGAACAGAUUUGGGAGGUCCUUGAUAAGUGUCAACUAAGUGAAGAAGUUCGAAACAGAGAAGGAAAGCUCGAUUCCAUAGUUACUGAAAACGGAGAGAAUUGGAGUAUGGGUCAGAGGCAACUCGUAUGUCUAGGACGCGUCUUGCUUAAGAAAAGCAAAGUGUUGGUUCUUGACGAAGCGACUGCAUCAGUCGACACUGCAACCGAUAAUGUGAUUCAGCAAACACUGAGGAAACAUUUCUCGGAUUCGACUGUAAUUAUCGUUGCACACCGUAUAAAUUCUGUUAUUGAUAGUGAUAUGGUGGUGCUUUUGAGUCAAGGACUUGUUCAAGAAUGUGAUCUUCCUUCGAGGUUGCUCGAAAACAAGUCAUCGUCGUUUGCUAAACUUGUGGCGGAGUAUACAACACGGUCUAGCUCGAAUAACACAUAGUGAAAAAUAUAUACAAGAGUACACUGCUUGACCAAAGGGUCAUCAUCAUCAAUUUAAUAUCUCAUCUGUAAACAUGGUCUAGGGCUUGAUCAAAGGGUCCAAUACGUUAUUUAUAAAUAAAUAAGUUUUUUUUUUAAUGAUAAA